AUGAGAAAAGCUUCCUCUUUACUUCUUCCGCAGUUCCGACGGCCCCUUAACAAAACCCAUUUCCCUUUUAUUCCCGGCGGUGGUGAUUCUUUCUCCGGGCUUCAUUCCCUCCCUAGCUUCCCCAUUCCUGGUUUGAAUGGAUUGGAACCCCAUUCGAUUUCAACCAAACAUUUUGAGGGUUCUUUUGUGCCUAAUUUCAUGAAGAUGGAGUUUUUAUCACGAAAGUUUUGCACCCGAGCCUUCGAAAUUGAAGAAAAGAAGGAUCUGUUUAUGAGGGAGUUUCAAAGUGCCAAAACCGUUGCUGAGAAGUUAGUAAUAUUCGAAGAGAUGGAGUCAAUGUUUGAGGAUGAUGAAGAAUAUAUAGCUGGUGGAUAUUGGUCAAUGGGGCGGGAACUACCGACAGAAGCCAAAGAUCCCGAAAAGGCCUUGACUUUUGCUACCCGGGCUGUUGAAUUGUUCGAUAAAGGUGAUAAUGAACUCUCCCUUGAACUUGUUUUGUGUUUGAAUUUGUUGGGUCAGGUGUAUGAAGAAUUGAAUUGGUUACAUGAUGCAUUGGGGUGUUUUAAAAGGGCGCUUGGGAUUUUGGAUAGUAUGAAAGAAAAUGAUACUGGUGAUUUUUGGUCUACUCUGAAUAGAACCCACUGUUUGUUAUUACAUAUUAAGAGGAAAAUUGGGAGGAAUGAGGAGGCUGUCAAUCAUCUUGCAAAGUCAUUGGAGAUAAGAGAGAAGAAAUUGGCAGAAAAACCUAAAGUUCUAGGAUUUGCUUAUAUGGAUUUAGCAGAGGAAUAUGCUAAUCUUUCGAAAUUCAAGGAAGCGUUACCAUUUGGUUUGAAGGCUCUAGAUAUUCAUAUUGGAUUGGGUUCUAAUCCAAACAUUGUGGCGCUUGUCCGGCGGCUUCUCGCCAAGAUAUAUACUGGAUUGAAAGAGCUUGAAAAGGCAUCUGAACAAGUGAAAGUGUCUCUGGAGCUCUCGGAAUCUGGUGCUGGUUCUGACGCUCUCGACUCUAUGAUUGAUGCUGCCAAAGUGCUGAUUGACUCAGGAAGAUACCAAAAUGCCAUGGAGAUUUUAGAGGCUCCUUUAACUUGUGCUUAUAAAUUAAACAAAGUUGUACCUCUAGUUAUUCCUGAGUUGCAACUGAAAAUUGAUGAAGCUCGCAAGCUAUGGAGGAUUUGCGAGGAAAAAGGAUUCCAGCGCCUGCACUAUGAAGGAAAUGAACUCCUUGAUUUGGGCAAGGGCCCAAAUAUCAGAUAA